AUGUCUACCGCACCCGACAGCAAAGCAGCCACUGGUAAUACGAAACAGCAGAUCGAGGUAGAUGAGGGCGAGACGACUUCCUGGAGCGCUGAAGACGAGAAACAACUCGUUCGCAAACUGGAUAUUCGCAUUUUCCCCGUUAUCAUCAUCCUCUUCAUUCUCAACUUCAUUGACAGAAACAAUUUCGCCAAUGCCCGGCUCAAGGGACUCGAAGAUGACCUCAACCUUUCCGAUGUCGAAUAUCAAACCUGCAUAUCCAUCCUGCUGGUCGGCUAUGUCUCAAUGCAGAUUCCUUCCAACAUGAUCUUGAACACGGUCAAACGCCCGAGCCUCUACCUCUGCACUUGCGUCGCAGCGUGGGGCGUCGUCUCUGCGUGCACUGCAGCGACAUUCAACGCACCUGGAGCCAUCAUGUGUCGAUUCUUCCUUGGUUGCAUCGAGGCCGCAUUUUUUCCAGGAUGCCUACUAUUUCUGUCCCGAUGGUACACGAGGCAAGAGAUGCAGCUUCGAGUCACCCUCAUCAACGCUGGAAACUUGGCUGCUCAGGCCUUCGGUGGGCUUAUUGCUGCUGGAAUCCUCGGUGACAUGGAGGGAGCUGCUGGCAUUCGGGCAUGGCGAUGGCUUUUUAUCAUUGAAGGCGUUCUCACCAUUGUGAUUGCGGGACUCGCCUAUCCGAUCCUGCCAGACUACCCAACAACGACAAAGUGGCUAUCACAGGAAGAGUCCAGAAUUGCACAAGCACGGCUGGUCAAAGACGUGGGUGUUGCUGACGACGACGAGCCGAUGUCUGCUUUCCAUGGCUUCAAGCUGGCAGUAAAGGAUCCCAAGGUCUGGUUUCUGGCAGCAACCUACUUCCUCACGAUCAUGGGAUUGUCAUUCAGCUUCUUCUUCCCCACGAUCACUCAGGCACUGGGGUUCAACACCACCAACACCUUGCUGUUGACAGCACCGCCAUGGAUCUUCGCCAUCAUCGUUUCGAUCCCAAACGCAUGGCACGCAGACAGGACCCGAGAGCGCUACUUCCACUACCUCUGGCCCGCCGUUGCCUGCCUCGUAGGCUACGUGAUCUCCAUCGCAACAGAAAAGAUCGGACCGCGCUACUUCUCAACAUUCCUCAUGACCACAGGCUACGCCAGCGGUUUUGUAGUGCUUGCCUGGAUCUCAAACACCAUCCCACGUCCACCGGCCAAGCGAGCAGUCGCAAUCGGACUCAUCAACGCCUGCGGCAACAUUGGAAGCAUACCCGGAACGUACAUCUGGCGUUCGAUGUAUGGACCAUACUAUGCCGUGCCUUUCUGGGCUUGCUUCGCUAUUCUAGCUGCUGCUUGCGUGGUGGCCCUUGGAUUACGGCAGUAUCUCAUCUUGCUCAAUAAGAGGUUGGAUCGCGAGGAAGAUGUGGCUUUUGAGCUCAAUGAUCGCGCUGUGGAGCAUACGGCGAAAUUGGACAACGAGGACUUGGAGGAGGUGACGGCAAGGGCGAAGUCUUUCCGAUACUUGUAUUAG